CGCCAACAGCCAUGACAUGCCCUAACCACCUUUAUCGCCAUCUGUCCCCAGACAUCUCUACCCGCACGGUGCGACUACCUCGCCGCCUUGCUGUUUCUGCUGCUGCCCAGCCCCCCCACCGCUGUCACCUCUUCUCAACCUAUUAUCGGUCCUUGUCACACACACGUCCCCUCGUCAUACGCCGCCAACAUGGCCGUCGGUGAUACGCCUGCUCUCUCCAGCCCGCACCAACACCAGCCUGUCGCGCCGCCUCACCCCAUCGACAUUGACGCCUGGACUGAGCAAGCAACCGUCGCGCUGGCCUCAGUCGCCAUCGCCACGCCUGCAGAUGCCCCGAUGCGCCCCUCGGUUACGCUUGCCAUUCCGCUCGAUGACCACGAUGCGCCCAAGCCCGCCGCACGCCCUGUAGCUGCCGAGGCCGCCGCACACGAUGCCGCCUGCUAUCGGCGCAAAGAGCCCCUUCGCCGCGACAGCUUGAAGCGGCGCGAGGCCUUGCUCAAGGGCAACGAGGGCUCGAGGCGCAGGCAGAGGUGGGAGAAUGAUCGCCUUCUCUCGAACCCUCACGCCGAGCCUCCGCUCCCCAGAGACUGGGAAGUCCACCCCACGCACACGUCCAAGCACGUCCCCUACUACCUCGCUCCACUCUGGGAUGCCGGUCUAAAACGCCAAUCAAACGACCGCAAGACGGCUGCCGCCGCCCUCCAAACCGCCUCCAAGACGGUCGCCACCCAUCCUUCCGCCCCGGGCGUCGUCCCCAAGGAGCUCCGCGACAAGCUCAAGCGCUCCCGCGCCGCAAAGGGUCUCCUCAUGGACCUGGAAUCCCAAGUCCGCAAUUUCGUCGCCGCAUGGCAGCACAAGGAGCGCCUCGCACUCGAACAAGGGCUCCCCGCCGAUCCCGACAGCGAAGACGACGAAAUCGUCUUUGUAGGCCGCAACGGCGCCAUGCACGACUUACACUCUCCUUCCUCUGAUACACAUGCACUGCAGCAGCCCCCCGCCAAGAAACAUCUCAUGCUGUUUGACACGCCCGAGCACGACGGCGGCGGCACUUUUGCCCGCUGGCUCGUCCACCACAUUGGCGUCUACUACGGCCUGCCUACCUGGAGCGUUACCGUUGGAAAUCCCGCCAGACGCGAAUCUUACAUUGGCGUCAAGUCCCCCACCUAUGCGCCUGCAACGCAUGCAACGCGUGCGAACGAUGCUACAACCGUUUCGACGCCCACGGCCACGGCCACGAAGCUGCCAAGGCCGCUGUAUGGUUUGGUCUAGGUCAUCGUCUCUAUUUAUAUCCAUACAUAUAUAUAUAUAUAGCCAUAUAUGCACUUGGCUCGUGUUUUGGGUUUUCCCCCUCUUGGCAUAUACGCUGUUUUGGUCGUUUAGUUAUAAUGCUACUUUAUUCGUCCAAGCCAUAUCAUAUUUGGAAUUCUGCGGCUAUUAUUACUUUUGAUUGAUUUCAUGUUGGAUUUGGUUGCGCUGUCUAGACGCUAAGAGAACAAAUGAAAGAGGAAGAGAGAAAGAAAUACUAGAGUAGAAGAACACAGAAUUGCUGUUUUUUUGUUU